AAAACAUAACCACAAGACAAGCAUGGAAGCACAGUGAGCCUGAAAAUCAUCGAACAUCUUCAACCUCUACUCAGCGAUAAGAGAAAUCUGAAAUCUCCUCAACACCCAAUCCCCACACCCUCUCCACAAACAAUAUUACCCCUUCAAUCCACACCUUUUGUUCUUUUUCAUUUCACUUCCACAAUUGUCAGAGGAGAGAGAGCCGCCGACCCAUUCCACACACCGUGACAAUGGCGUCUUCAGCUGCAUCACCAGCCUUCUGCGGCAUUCCCAAGGCCUCCACCGCCGCCGCCAGGGCCUCUCUCACUGCCCCCACCACCCGUUUCCUUUCGAAGACUCCACUCCGACGCUUGGGCUUCGCCGCCGCUGCCGCCGACCCGCUUCUCUCACACCAUGUGGCCACCAAGCUGGUUUCAUUCAAGAACGCCUCGGCUAAGCCCGUCAGAGGAGUGGCCUCGAUGGCGAAGAAGAGUGUGGGAGACCUCAGCGGGGCGGACCUCAAGGGUAAAAAGGUGUUUGUCAGGGCUGACCUCAAUGUGCCUCUUGAUGACAGCCAGAAUAUUACUGAUGACACUAGGAUUAGAGCUGCUGUCCCCACCAUUAAGCACUUGAUCAGCAAUGGUGCUAAGGUCAUACUUUCCAGUCACUUGGGACGACCAAAAGGCGUCACUCCUAAAUACAGUCUCGCACCUCUUGUUCCCAGGCUUUCUGAACUACUUGGUAUUCAGGUUGUGAAAGCUGAUGACUGCAUUGGCCCAGAGGUUGAGAAAUUGGUGGCUUCACUACCUGAAGGUGGAGUCCUCCUGCUUGAGAAUGUGAGGUUCUAUAAAGAGGAAGAGAAGAACGAGCCUGAGUUCGCAAAGAAGCUUGCCUCGUUGGCUGACCUAUUUGUGAAUGAUGCCUUCGGUACUGCACACAGAGCACAUGCCUCUACUGAGGGAGUUACAAAAUUCUUGAAGCCCUCUGUUGCUGGUUUCCUUUUACAAAAGGAGCUGGACUAUCUAGUUGGAGCAGUCUCAAGCCCAAAGAGACCGUUUGCUGCUAUUGUGGGUGGUUCAAAGGUCUCCUCUAAGAUUGGAGUGAUUGAAUCACUUCUAGAGAAGUGUGAUAUAUUGCUGUUGGGUGGAGGAAUGAUCUUCACAUUUUACAAAGCACAAGGGCUGUCAGUUGGAUCAUCCCUGGUUGAAGAAGACAAGCUAGAUCUUGCAACAUCACUCCUCGAGAAGGCCAAGGCUAAAGGAGUGAGUCUCUUGCUACCCACAGAUGUGGUUAUAGCCGACAAGUUCGCCCCAGAUGCAGAGAGCAAGGUUGUGCCAGCAUCAGCUAUCCCAGAUGGCUGGAUGGGUUUGGACAUUGGACCAGAUUCUGUCAAGACAUUCAGCGAUGCCCUGGAGACAACAAAAACUGUUAUUUGGAAUGGACCAAUGGGAGUGUUUGAGUUCGACAAGUUUGCUGUUGGCACUGAGGCAAUUGCAAAUAAGCUGGCUGAGCUUAGUGGGAAGGGGGUGACGACAAUUAUUGGUGGUGGAGAUUCAGUUGCAGCUGUGGAGAAAGUUGGAGUUGCUAACGUGAUGAGCCACAUAUCAACCGGCGGUGGUGCCAGUUUGGAGCUCUUGGAAGGCAAAGAACUCCCCGGUGUCCUUGCCCUCGAUGAAGCCACUCCAGUUGCCGUGUAAGGGCAUUACGUAAGACGUCCAUUCUAAUCAAUUUUUUUAACCCAGUCCGGUAACUAUGUGUCUUUCCUGAACAAGAGAUGUUGUAGAAUACGGACGAGUUCCAUGUAAUAUAUCGUCUCGAUCAGGCUUUUUCUUGUCCAAAACACAAUAAUGAAUGGAGAAAAAUUUGAGGAAGGAAUGUAUUUUGAUAUCUCCAUUCUUUGCUGCCCUCUUUUCUGGUAAUAAUACUAGCUUUGUUUAGUCA